GUCUUUGUUUGUGGAUUCCUAAUUGGCCAUUACAAUUACAAACAACCAAAAAAGGCAUCUUUGGAGCCAAGAGAGAAUGGCUGAGACUUCGAUAUGUCCAAGAUUCCAAACCACAGAGUUCUGUCCACACUCUCUUUAAAUCUUCUCUAUUAAUAAAAUGCUCAACAUGCACUCUCUUUCUUCUCAUCAACAAAAAAUACAGACCACUAGUACAUCUCCUUAUACAAAACUAAUUACCUUGUUAUGGAAGCAACACAUCUUUUACCAACUAGGACUAACCUUAGCUCAACUUCAUGUUGGCCAAACCACAGCCUUGGGAGGAAAAAAUCAAUUGUUGUUUCGGUGCUAACACCGCCUGCAAGUAACAGAAUAGCCUUGACCGAAUCGAGCAGCUUAAGGCCCGCGGAGGUAUCCAUUGGAGACUACAGUGAUAGCUGGUUUGAUAGGAUUGCCAUAAACCAUCUCUCUCAAAGUGUUCAGGCUGCAACAGGGCUGAGAAAUAGUAAGAGUGGAUAUGAUGGGUUGGUGGAGGCAGCUACUGCUGCAUCAAUGAACUUUGGUCCAUCAAAGCAGCGUGAACUUGUCAUACAAGCCCUUGACAAAGCUUUUCCCAGGCCAAUCCUCUCCCUGAUAAGAACACUGCUUCCACAAUCUAAAUUUGCAAGAGAGUACUUUGCUGUCUUCACUACCUUGUUUUUUGCGUGGUUGGUCGGGCCCUGUGAGGUCAGGGAAUCGGAGGUCGAUGGAAGAAGAGAAAAAAACGUAGUCCACAUAAACAAAUGCAGAUUUUUAGAGAGGACAAAUUGUGUAGGCUUGUGCAGUAAUCUCUGUAAGGUACCAUCUCAGAAUUUCAUAAAGGAAUCCCUGGGGAUGUCAGUCAACAUGGUCCCAAAUUUUGAAGAUAUGAGUUGUCAGAUGAUAUUUGGUCAGGAUCCUCCAGCACUGAUGGAUGAUCCAGCAUUCAAGCAACCAUGCUACAAAUUAUGCAAAGCAAAACAAAGGCACAAUACCAAAUGUCCUACCUAAGGUUUAAGAACAUGGUUCGCUGAUCAUGUUGAGAUGGAACAAGGACAAUUUUGAAUUUUGGAGACAAUGAAUCAACCACUGCUAUCAGAAUAAUUUCUCUGUCCAUAAUAAAAUGUACAUACACAUGUAAAAGUUAAUAAAUUAUCACCUGAAUAUCAGAACAAGUGCCAUCUUCAACUCAAGCUUCUUACACAUGAAGAUUAAAUUACCUCAUCCAUCAAGCAGUACAAAAAAAAAGGACACUUUAAUACAUUCCCUAAAAUAAGAAACAGUUUCUCAAUUUGUUUAAAAUACAAGAUGUCAAUCAGCUUUAACCAGAGCUAUUCCUUGUUAUAUAUAUGAUGAGACUUUCGGUAA